AUGGAGCACUCCCCCCGAGGCGAUUUCAAAGAUGACGCGGCAGAACCACUGCGCAAUCCCACCCGACCAAGACUGGCGGUUCUACGCGUGCGGUCUCUCGAUGGUCAUUCACCCAAAAAAUCCGAUGGCCCCCACAGUUCACAUGAACUACAGAAUGUUUCAGAUCUUCAAUGCUCCAAAAAGCCAAAGCGCGACGGAGCGUCCCGGGGGGAACCGGCAGAUGGCGACUCCUUCCUGUGGUGGUUCGGUGGCGGCACAGACCUGUCGCCUUCGUACAUUUUCGAAGACGACUGUGUUUUCUUCCACGAGAAGCUACGUGAGCAGUGCAACCGUCACGAUCCGAAAUAUUAUGCGCGGUUCAAACGGUGGUGCGAUACGUACUUCCGAAACCACCACCGCUCCGAUGCUCGCGGCAUUGGCGGAAUAUUCUUUGAUGACCUGAACGACAAUAUGUUAUCGUCGCCGGAGAAGUUCUUUGCUUUCGCAGAAGACGGCCUGAAGACGUUUAUUGCAGCAUACGUUCCUAUCCUGGCCAAACGAAAAGACGAACCGUUCACUGAACGCGAGAAGAUAUGGCAACAAAUCCGCAGGGGCCGCUACGUGGAGUUCAACUUGGUACAUGAUCGCGGAACAAAGUUUGGACUUCAAGUCCCCGGAUCACGCGUAGAGUCUAUUCUCUUGUCUCUACCGCUCACGGCACGGUGGGAGUACUGUCAUGAGGCAGAAAAAGGGUCAAGGGAAGAAGAAGCCCAACUCCUUUUUGCAGGAAAGCCCCGUGAUUGGAUUCCGAUUGAUGAGACACACCUGGAAGGCUUCUCCUGGCCGACGGAGAGCGGAGCCAGGGUUUAG